AGACGCUCGCAGGCAGUCAGAGGUGCUUGUCUGAGUCGCUGACGUCACCAAAUCUUUGACAGCACUUCCUGGAGUGGUGUUUGUUGUGGGAAAUAACCACCGUGGUGUUGGACCUCGGGGAGGUGGGGAUAGAGAUUCAGGCCACAUUAAGAGCAAGAAGGACGGCACAAACUACUACACUAUCCCACCUCCUAGCAUGCGGUCGCGGCAGCUUUCGACCAGUAUCAGAUAAAGCAGGAGAAGUGACGGCUGAGACAUAGGAAGGACGAGGUGGAUAUUAACGGACAGCCAGCACAGCAGAGCCGCCGACAGCUCGGAGCUGUCGCGAUGUUGUAGCUAAACCAUGGACAGCAGAAUAAAGGAGAAUCCAGAAAGAACAUUUGAUCUGGUUGUACAGGUGGCAUGUCCAGCAUCUGAAAAUGAGGAUCCAACCGUGCUGUGGAGCUUCCCCCAGGACCACACAGACCAGGAGGUCCUUCAGACGAUACCAAAGUUCUGCUUUCCCUUUGACGUGGAAAGGGUUUCCCAGAGUCAGGUGGGGCAGAAUUUCACCUUUGUGCUGACGGACAUCGACGGCAAACAGAGGUUUGGUUUCUGUCGACUCACUCAAGGCUGCCGGGUCUGCAUAUGUCUGCUCAGUUAUCUACCGUGGUUUGAAAUCUACUACAAGCUGCUAAACACGCUGGCAGACUACCUAACGAAACAACAGGAAAAUGACUUGAAUGACAUGCUGAAUUCUCUCUAUGAUCUGCCUGUGCCAAAGCCCUUCACGCCAGUCAACCUGAGUGUGAAUGAGCAGUUGUAUAUUGCCACUGGGCAAGUACUGCGAGAUCGGCAAAGCAAGGAGCCGCACUCCUACUUCAUCGCCCCGGAUAUCAAUGGACUGCCAACUAUCCCUGAGAGUAGGAACCUGACAGAGUACUUUGUGGCUGUGGACGUCAACAACAUGCUCCAGCUCUACGCCAGUAUGCUGCACGAACGGCGCAUCAUCAUUACCUCAAGCAAGCUUAGCACUUUAACUGCAUGUGUCCACGGUGCGGCUGCUUUGCUCUUCCCCAUGUACUGGCAGCACAUCUUCAUCCCUGUACUGCCCCCGCAUCUUCUGGACUAUUGCUGUGCCCCCAUGCCAUACUUUGUGGGAGUUCAUCUUAGUCUGCUGGAGAGAGUGCGCAGUCGAUCAUUGGAGGAUGUGGUCAUUCUGAAUGUGGAUACCAACACCAUGGAGAGUCCCUUUGAUGACCUGCACAACCUGCCCAGUGACGUGGUGUCCUCUCUGAAGAGCAAGCUGAAGAAGCAGUCAACAGCAACAGGAAGUGGUGUGGCAAGGGCCUUCCUGAGAGCGCAGGCCGCUCUGUUUGGAUCCUACCGAGAUGCCCUCAGAUAUAAACCCGGGGAGCCAAUCACAUUCUGUGAGGAGAGCUUUGUGAACCAUCGCUCCAGCACCAUGAGGAGCUUCCUAUCCAUGGCUGUCAACCUGCAGCUCUUCAAACAGUUCAUCGACGGACGGCUGGCCAAAUUGAACGCAGGCCGCGGCUUCACCGACGUGUUUGAAGAGGAGAUCACAGAGGGGGGGUUCUGUGGAAGUAAUUCAAGGUCUUAUCAGCAAUGGAUGCACACUGUAAAGAGAGGAGGAGCACUCAUCAACACAGCUGUGACAAAGGCCAAGAGUCAUGCCAAGAGGGGCAUCCGGGACAUUAAGGGCAGACUUAAAGCAAGGGAAGAAGAAGAAGAGGGGAUGACGGUCUGUGCAGGGUCUCCCACCAGCACCAAGAGCCUGUCUCCAAGGAGACUGCAGAAGAUGAGACGGCAUAACUUCAGCAAGUCUCCUAUGAGCAUGGGCCCUCGAGAUCUUGGCUACGGACUUGAUGAUGAUGAGCUGGACAGUGCAAGCAAAAUCUCCUCAGAGGACAGCGGGGAUGUUCCUUCCUACACUGAAGACAGCGAUGAUUCCUACUCGCUGGAGCUCGACAUCGACUCUUCCCACUCAGGCCAGAUGAAUCUGCUGGAGGAAAUACUCGACUCCCUGAACACCACAACGCUGGAGCAAGGCAAACUCAGCGCUGCCAAGAGCCUGGACUUCUUCAGGUCCAUGGAUGAUUUAGACUACAAGGCCCCGACCAAACCGACACUUUCCAGCGAGUCUAAACCUGCAGAUGAGAGUGGAGGUGAUGGUGGCGGAGUUGGGGAUCAGGGGGGUUGGAAUAUGGGCCAGGACGACAGCGCUGUCCACGGGAAACACCUCCCACCAUCCCCACGCAGACAGCCCAAUAAGAGCAGCAUGAAGGUGUCCAAGAAACCUGCAACAGCUCCUCCAGUGCCCGUCACAUCUGCUGCACCCCCAGACCAGGCUGCUGAUUUCUCCAAGCCCCUGUUAUUUCCUCCUAAGCCCAAUUCUGACCCAGCCCUUCAUACUUUACCUUCAGGACGACAACCAGGACACCGCUUCUCCUACUCGCCCGUACUGUCCCAUAGACCCACGCCGUCACCUCCCACUCUCUCUAACACCCAAAGUUCUCCAGGAAGCGUUUCUCACCCAGACUGUUCUCCUGGUCCAGCGGGCCGGUCUCGGACCAUCUCAGACCCCCAAACCAGCACGGAACCUCCUCAGACCCAGAACCAGAACCAGACCUCCUCCACCAACGUCCUGAGGAGGAAGGUGCUGUCCAAGGAGACGGUGAGGCACUACCAGGAAAAGGCUCUCCAGAGGCAGGGCAGCAAGGGCCACCUGGAGGGUGAGGGGAACCCAUCGAAGCACAGACAGUCAGCUAUGCCGGUCCCGUGGGAGAAAGAGGUGUCCAAGGAGGGGCUCCUGGGGCUCGGCCUGUGUCUGGGUCAGGGUAAAGGCUCCGGGGCAGCUGUGGUGCAGGAUCAAGGCCUCCUUGAGGAGAUUGAGUCCAUGUGUUGCCUCAGCUCCGUCCUCCACACCAGCCUGCAGCUCUCACAGGUUCACUGCAACAACAGUCACCACCAGGUCCAGGGCAAAGCCACAGAUGAGUCCUAAGGGACGUCAAAGACUCGGAGUCUGUAAAAUGCCAUAGGUCCUAAUGAAAUAUGUUCACUGUCAUUCUUCUAUAGCAAUUAGCUGCAGACACAGAGAACAUGAUCGGUUCAGAAGUUUUUUUUUUUUGUUUUUUUUUAUCAGCACUCAGCCAUCAGGAAAAGUCACAAACGAAUUUGAUGCCAUACAGGCAUCGAACCGUAAGCUACAACCUCUAUUGCAGGAAAAAGAUGGAGAUGAAUUGGUGCGCCGUAGAAUUCUCCAUCUAUCAUCCAGCUCUGUAUUUAUAUAAUGAAAUCCUUAUUUUUUGUGAAAGAAAUCUGCCAUCGUAACAGAAGUAUUUUAACCUAUUUCCAGUUACACGUAAACUUGUUUUAAAAACACAAAAAUUCAACUUUGUUUUGGAAAAGAAACAGGUGAAAGUCAUCUCACUCCAGUGGCAGGUUUUUUCACAACCAACACAAAAUAAGUACUUUUCUUUCAACUGAACUGGGUGUUUCGCUGAAGUAACAACAACUUAUGAGUUUAACAAGUUUUUUAAAACAAGUGGGAAAUGUUGAAAGAUAGCGACACUCCAAAAACACAAAGUGAGGCCAUAGGAGUGCGAUUUUUUUUUUUUUUUUUUUGGAGUGCUGUUAUCCCAGUUGUUUUAAGAAAAUACAACUUUAUAAACUCAAUUACAAACAAGAAAGACACGAUAAGAAGAUUUGUUUUCUCCUGUUCAUAGCAUUUCUGCCUGGAUUCGACUAAAUUUCUGGAUGAGGUAUUUUUAUGUUUUCAUCUUGUAACACAUUCACAAAGCAUCACCCAACAAUAACCCAUGAAUUAUAUUUUUGGGGAAAACGUAAGUAGCCAACCGGUGAUGGAGGAAUUGUUAAUUUUUCAAUCCAGAAAAAGACUCAGAAUUAAGAAGGGACGAUAGCUCCUCAACACACCAUCGUGUCAGUCGUCUACUCAGUGUUCCAAACAUUUCACAUGAUUAAACUGAACUUGCACUUGUAGAUUAACUAAUAAUACUCAGUAAUUACUACCUGGUACUUAAAUCAUUUGAGCGAGAACAAAAGUGAGACAGGAUUUUCCAGAUACAGAGUCCACUCGGGCCUUUGAAACUAAUUAUACACUGUGUAAUAUAAUGUUUUCUAUCACCAUGCCUUAAAUGGACAUGUGAUUUGUUUAUGAUGCUCUGGUGUCUUAAUCUAUAGAUACCAUAACAGGUACUUUGUAAUCAGAAUAAUGUCAGAUCUUACGUGCAACAAUUAGUAGUACUUAAACAGCACUGUAUUUAUCUGAAUGAAUAGAGUAGUUAAUAAAUGAUGUGCUUUAAGCUGCUGUUUUUAAAUUGCAUUCCAGAUCAUGAGAUGUGCACGUAGGAACCUCUCUUUCUCUCCUCUUCCUGCGUUCCUCAGGACACUUCCGUCACUCUGACGAGAUGCAAAUACACUCAAAAGUUAAAAUGGAUGAUCUGAAAAAAGCCAGUACUCUUGUUCCAUCUCGUCUUCUUUCUCUUUUUCCACCUUCACCACUCUGCUCCUCAUGUUGUCUCUCCUAAUUUUCUGCCUUUUACUUCUUUCAGCAAAUCUACUUCUCACUCUCGACCUUAAAAAAAAAAAAAAAGAAAAGAAAAAAAAAUGGUGGCCAGUUGUUGUGGAGUUUGUGAGGUUUGGAGUGGAUGUGGAAAGGGUGAACUUUAUAGGAUAUAGCUGGCAAUGCUCUACACUUGAGUUAUUAUCAUCAAAUCCCAUGGAAAGACCAAAACUAACAAUACAUUAUUCUGUCUCAUUGCUUUCAGACUUCCCUACCCUGUCUGUGGCACUCAGCCCCGAGCCCAUUUGUUCUUACUGGUGCUGUAAACUUUUAAAAAAGAGUCACAGAUACUGACUCAGAAAAGGCUGUCGCAUCUUUAAAUAGGAGUAAAUACUGCAUUUGUUGGGGACUAUUUUAAUAAUUGGAUUACUAGUCAGUAUCAAUUUAUUGUUCUGGUGUUUUGAUGGGGUUUGUUGACAUUUAAGAAAAAAUCCAGAGUAUUUCCAGACUUGUAUAAGUCAGUCUUUAUCCUCUUUCUGUCUCACAUGAGGAAAUGCAAUCUCUGUCCUUCAAGGUUAGAGUCACACACUGUAAUGUAAUGCAGUGGUUGAUGAUUGUACUGUAAUGAAGCAAUACAGUUCUCCUCAGAGAGUCGCUACAUGGAUGUAAUGUGUACAGAGUCUAAAGUAUUUCUAUAACAGACUCUCCUGUGGAGAGAAACGCCAUGUCCAGAGAUUGUGGGUUCCCAUCAUUCUCUGCAUCGCCACAAACCCAGAGAAAAGGAAAGAAAAAAAGAAGCUUUUUCAUGUGCUUGUGUUGGGAUUAUUACAUUUAUGGUUCGUUGUUCUUAUGAUUUAUGCCAGACGCCAGUCGGUGUGGCAGUUUAAUAGCAGCUAUUUCUCCACUUUUUGAGUGCUGCUCUGCGUUAACGAUUUGCUCAUAAAGUCUUUGGCGUGCUUCUAAAAGCCCAGGAAUCAGUCCUAGUAAUAAUUCCAAAAAGGAAAAAAAAAACAGACUCCAGAACAAUCUCUGUACUGGCCUUAUUCAUUGCAAACACUUUAAAAAACUUAUUUACUAUGCAAAUAUUUAAAAUGAUCAGAAAGGUCAGUUUUUUUCACAUUAUAUUAUAUACGAUUCUACUUGAAAAAUAAUCACAAUCAAAAUAGUUUCUAGUGGGAAUAAACCAUGCAUCCCUAAAUAAAUAAAUAUUAGAGUCUAUUUAAUUGUGUGAGCUGAGGUGUGUCUUUUGGUGUUAAAGAGGGAGUGUAUGGUGUGCCUUAUACAGUCGGAGUACCAUCCAGUAUAAUCACAACAAGGUACAGUAUUAUAGAAGGAAUGAGUAUGCAAUGUUUUCGGACCACCUUCAAUCUCAGUAAGGAACAUUGAACAUUUCGGUAUUUAUAUGAUAAACACACACAAGAAGCCCAACUUGGACCUGAGAAACUGACCUGAAUUGAACUUGGGUUCUCGCAUUGUUUUUGUAGCUGCUCUGUUUCUGAGUUUCAGCUGCAGUCCAGCUGGAGUUACUCAGUGUUUUCCUUUGCUGCGGUGGUCAGCGGGAACCUUCUUGUCUGUAUUUAAGAGAGGAUCUCUGAAUUUCUCUGGGUUAUUCGUCCUUUUGUAAAUUAGGUACUUUCUUUGAUUGUACUUUUAGGUGAUUACUUGUAUAGUUUGUGCUCUUCUUCUUUUUGUUCUCUCUCUUUUUUAAAACACCUUUAACACUCAUUCUGAGCUAACUGUAUUUAAAAACAUUUCUCAGACGAGUUUCUCUAGUUGAUUUCAUAUUGAUGAAAGAUUAUUUUCAACUGAAUAGAUGUGUAUUUUUUCUGGCUUGAGUAUAUUUUACAUGGAUAAUAUAUGAUUGGUGUUGUAUGUUGUAAAAAAAAAAAAAAGACACCUAAUAUUUGAAUGUUUUAGAUUUUAUUUUUGGAGAAAUGAAAUAGAGAGAGAAUAUUAACAAAAUGUCCCAUGUAGCCAUUCAUGUUCAGGAGCAUCUGACACGUUUUAAUGAGCAGAGACUGACGCUUACUUGUACAUGGUACAAUGCUUACUGUUGUAUCUGCAUGUAUGUACCUGUAUGUGUUGUAUGCUAUGAUUUUGUUUUGUUUAGUUUUACAGUUGUUGUUUAUUCUUUUGGUAUUGAUUAUUAGUUCAGUAUUUAGCAAUUCCAUCAAAUCAAAAAUGAUGGAAAUGAACAUCAUUCUGCCUUGCAUUGGGUAUUGUAGAGUUGAUUGUCAUCUGCCUUGCAAUUUAUGUAGAGGAAAGCAUUUCUACUUUUUUUUGGUUAACCGGCUACUGUAAAUCUAACCGUAACUCUGGUCCCGUUUACACUAACGUCGUUCAACGACAUAGAGAGGAUUGUCAGGGGAUUUGCAUUUCAAUGUCUGCAGGCUUGUGACAGCUAAGCGAACAGUAAAUAUAUAGUAAGUAUAAGUGUCCUGAAAUUGCAAAUUUGGAGUGAGAGGAGGUUGAAAGACUAUGUAGCAGCGUUCAACUUUACAGAGAUAUUAACAUCAUUUCCCUGAAAUUACGCAUUUAAAAAAAAAAAAUUAAUAUUUUCAGUAUAUGGACAAAUACACUGAAUGUUACAGUAAGCAACUUUUUAGUUUUCAUUUCAGUCUCUUGUUUGGGUAUCGUAAUGAUGAUUAACUUUUCUGUAUGCCAUUUACUGAUUUUCUGAUUCUGUGCACACUUGCAUGUUUUCAUGGCAGAGAAAACAACUGUCUUAAACAACUGAGGUCAAUCUAAUGAGCUAUUGAUGAUGAGUAACUUGGUACAACUGCACGUAAUGUAUGCACUGUGAACUGAAAAUAAAUUAUACUGUUUCAUUCCUA